AUGAUUGCUACAGCAACCUUUGCUGGCAUGCCACAAUAUGGGCUGCUGACCAGCUUCAUCUUUUGUGCUUUUGUGGUUUACCGGCUAGGACUUGUUAUCUACAGACUCUAUUUCCAUCCCUUUGCCAAGAUCCCAGGCCCAAAACUCUGGGCCGUCAGCUCGGUUCCAUUUUACUACCGCAGCAAGGUGGAGGGGAGUUUUCACAAGCAGGUGCUCGAAGCCCACAAAAGAUAUGGCCCCACCGUCCGCAUCGCGCCCGAUUACCUCGCUAUGGACGGCGCGAUUGCCUACAAGGAAGUCCACGCGAGGCGGCCGAACCAGCUGGAAUUUGGCAAAUACCCACCGUGGUACGGCCUGCCGAGGAACGUCGGAAUCGUGGCGUCCCACCGCGAGGACCACCGCCGCCUGCGCCGUGGGGUAUCACAUGCUUUUUCAGAGGUUGCGCUGAGGGAGCAAGAGCCCUUGAUUCAAGGUUAUAUCAGCCUGCUAAUGGAUAGACUCACGGCCUAUGCGGAAAAGGGUGAGCCGGUCGACUUUACGCGGUGGUUCAACUUUUUGACGUUUGACGUCAUUGGUGACCUGGCGUUUGCGGAUCCCUUUCACGCCCUGCACAACAGCGAUUACCACCCUUGGAUCAGCAGUAUAUUUGCCGGGUUUCGGGGCAGGGCUUUGAUGCAAGUCUUUGUCUACUACCCUCUACUCCGUCCACUCGCCGGCAUCUUGUUUCGUUCCGAGAUCAAGGCCAUCAAGGACGAAACGGCUCUCAGCGUGGCAAAAGCGGAAAAGCGCAUCGAGCUGGGCGCCGACGCACCUCGCAAGGACUUUAUGACCUAUAUCCUGCGCAACCAGGGAAAAAGCGACGACAAGACGGGCAUCACGCAAGAAGAACUGCUGUUGAUGGGGGGUUCCUUGAUCCGCGCCGGGUCGGAGACGACAUCGACGGCACUGGUGGGCACCCUCUUCAUUUUGUGCAAGAAUCCAAGGGCUCGCCAGCUGCUAUACCAAGAGAUACGAUCCGCAUUCUCUUCCGAGUCAGACAUAACCAUGGUAUCCACUUCUCAGCUUCCCUUUUUACAUGCUUGCAUAGAAGAGGGGCUUCGUCUGUACCCACCGGUCGGAUACGUGCCACCACGAGUCUCUCCGGGGGACUACGCUGAAGGGUUGUACAUGCCCAAGGGUAGUCAAGUCUACGUCUGUGCGUGGGCUACUCAGCGACUGGCGUCCAAUUUCGCCGACCCAGAGACGUUUGCGCCGCAGCGAUGGUUGCCAAAGUCGCACCCUCUAUACGAGAACAAGUUCGCCGACGACAACUUUGCAGCUUUCAAACCUUUCUCCUACGGCACUAGGGACUGCAUCGGGAAAAACCUUGCGUAUGCCGAAAUGCGGGUGACGUUGGCGAGGUUGUUUUGGAAGUUCGAUUUGGAGUUAGUUCCUGGGCAAGACGACUGGAUGGACUCCCAGCCAAACACAUCCGUGUGGCACAAGAAUGAUUUGAUGGUAAAGUUGAAGCCUGUCGCGAGGUAG